CAAGAACAUUUACCAAUGCCGAGACUUCCUAAUGCUGGUUAGGGAUGGUGGAAAUCAUAGUGUGUUGCAGAUUGAGUCCCAGGUUGAUGGGUCAAACAGAACAGCCAAGGAAAGGAGGAAGAUAGCUACUUAAAAAAAAAAAGAUUUAUUCUGGAACCUGAGAGGAAACGGCUCCUUCAAGACUUUGAAUAGACACCAUGAGCAACCUUGGCAAGCCAAUGGCUCCAGCUUCCACCAUCCUGACCGAGCAGCCCAAAAGAAAAAGGGGGCGGCCAAGGAAGCAGCCACAGGAUCCAACUGGACCUCUGCCCCCAAAGAAACCACGUGGGCGACCAAAGGGAAGCAAGAAGAGGAGUGCUGGUUGUGGACAGAUGGGGCACAUCUCUACUGCAAAAAAGCCCAGAGGAAGGCCACGAAAGUGGCUUUUUGUCCCUGAGGAAGAAUAUCACAAAACUGAAGUCCAAGGGGAAAGCAAUCCAGGUUUUAACACAUGCCCUUCCACAGAAGGGACGUCUACAAAAAACUGUCACAUGAAGAAGGGAGCCACAGAAUUCAGGAGAACAUUGAGUGAACAACAGUCUCCUUGUUGAUGUGUCACUAGAGCAAAAUGAAUUAAACUCCUGUUCUGCCAUGUGCAAAGGAAAGCCAAGGAAAGCCCCCUCCCCAUUUUUCUUUUGUACCGUUACCAAUAACUGCCUCUUGCAAAGCUCAGUCAUUCACAUUUAUAACAGCGGUCUUAACCCAAAAAAGAGGGCUUCAACCUAAUUAGCAUUCACGGGAAAAUCGACCGAUGUUAUGGGUUUUGAAAAUCUUCAUCAAUUUGAAUCUUGUAUCAUUGGGGACAUUAAUUAUACUAGGAUGCCAAGAUCCUGAUUUUAAGAAAUAGGAAACAUCUCAUUCCUAACUAAACAUGCUUACUCAAAAAAUCCCACUUAGGGCAAUACUUUUUUAAAAAUAACAGUUUUGCAGCCUUGAAUUACAUUUAUACCAAGUUCAGUUGACAAACAGGAC